UAUAUAGUAUGAAUUAUUUAAUGAUAGCAUUCUGAGUUGCAAAUAGUUUGUUGUUGAAAGGGUUUAUUUUGAAGUUUCAGAGCAUAAAUCCCAUCUUAUACUGUCUGACUUCACUGCCUGUCACGAUGGAGAGUAUUAUCCCUCCUCCUCUACAAGACGUCAUGCUUUGGGGUUUCCUUGUCUCGGCAGCAGGCAGAAGGAGAACAGGAGGAAGAGCUCACACACACAAACACAGCUGCCUGUUUCCUCAAAACCAGGCUCCAUCAUGUUUACAGGGAUGCGGGCGGAAAACCGGAGCAGCUCUGAUGUCCUAGAUGCUGCGGCACUGAGGCAGCAGAGGAGGCUGAAACAAGCCAUCCAGUUCCUACACAGGGACUCUGCUGAUCUGCUGCCUCUGGAUGGACUGAAGAAACUCGGGACAUCCAAGCAGGGACAGCCACACAAUAUUCUCCAGAGGAGGCUUCUGGAGGCCAAGCUAUCCCAGGGCAGGAUGGACACACACGGCGUGACCCCAAACAGCAGAGGGGUUCAUCAGCUGAGCUGUCGGCAGUUCUCUAACGAGGAUGAAGAGGGCGAAGAUUUAAUCUGUGUAGCUUGUAAAUGUUUUGGACAGGAAGUCACAUUGCUGAUUGACACGGGCUGCAGGAUGAACUUGAUGUCUUCAGUGACUGUGGACAGAUUAGGACUGAAACUGCUGGUUGAGGAGAAUAAAACGGACCCAGACUGGUUUCCAUUUCAGCGCAAACUUUGCAUCGAUGGAUUCAUCAAGGAGCUCAGCCUGACCAUUGGAGGCCUCCAAAUUAUGUCUUCAUUCUUUAUAGUAGAAAGCACCAAACCACUCAUGACCCUGGGCAGCAGGACUUUAAAAUACCUCAAGUGUGUAAUCGAUACAGAGAGGCAGAUGUUGGUGUUUGGGAGAAACACAAGGGAGCAGGUUGACUUUAUUAAGAUGCAUCCAAGUGAAAGUGACCCGGAUUUUUAAUCUUCUUGGUUUACCCCAAACACAGACUGGUCCAAAGAGUGGGAAGUCAAACUUUAACCUUAACCUAUACAUUCAAUAUUGCUGACCUCAAAUAAAAUAAAAAAAGAUUUUACCUUUAAAAAAAAA